AUGACAAUUUCAACUAAGAAAUUUGCGGCUGGUACGAAGUACGAUACGUACGCUGAAUUUCAUAAGUCUUUUAAAUAUCACGAAUACAGUAAUGGUUUCGAGUAUAAUAGAAACACUUCAACUCGUUUGUCAUCAUGCAAAGUUUCGAACAUCAACCCUAAUUUGAAAUAUUAUUAUGCCCGUUUCUGCUGUAGAAUGGGACCAAAAACGUGGAAAACCCGAGCUAAUGAUCUAUUAAAAAAUCCAUCUUUGUGUCCGGCUAUGUUUACCCUCAAAUGUAGAGCUAAAAGCUAUCUUUGUUUGUCUGACGUAAAUCUUCAUCAUAAUCAUCGUUCAGAAUAUAUGCGUAAGCGAACUGAUGAGUCAAAGAAGCUCCAGCAAUCUGAGGAAGUAAAGAAAUCAAAACGAACUGUGGUACCAAAAAAGCAUGAAAUAAAAUCAACCAUUAAAAAAGUUGAGCAGAACGCACUAACUUCAAGAACAACAAGAAAUAAAAAAGCUGAUUGGUCAUGUCCAAGUUGUAAGGAACAUCACAAUUAA